AUGUCGUACCGCAUUGAAAUCUGCCCCAACAACCGCGCCCUUUGCAGAGACAAGGUCUGCAAAGAAGCCGGAAUCAAGAUCUGCAAGGGAGAGCUCCGUUUAGGGACCUGGGUUGAGGUCCAGGACCAUGGAGCUUGGCAUUGGCGCCAUUGGGGAUGUGUAUCGGGUGAGCAAGUCGUCAAUAUGCAGAAGAAGUACGCGACCGAUAAGCCCGGCGAGUACAACUGGGAGGCAAUUGACGGCUGGGAGGAGCUUGAGAACUUCCCCGAUGUACAGGAGAAGGUGAAGCGCGUCAUCAGGCAGGGACACAUCGAUCCAGAGGACUUUAAAGGAGACCCUGAGAUGAAUAAGCCUGGUCAAAAGGGCAUUCGUAAGAGGAAGAGGAAGGCAGAUGACAAUGAGGAGGAGGAACAGGAGGAGGAACAUGUGGAGCGUCCCACCAAAAAGUCCAAGAAAGGUGUUAAGAAGGCCGAAGUCAAGGAAGACCCGGCUUCUGCUUCCGAGGAAGUCGCAGAGAAGCCGAAGAAAGCUGCCAAUGGGAAGCGCGGAUCCAAAGUUGCUGUCAAGGAAGAGAACGUUGAUGAUCAGAAUGAGGGCGAUGCCGAGCCUAAGAAGCCCAAGAAGGCCGGUAGGGGCAAGCGUGGUGCCAAGGCCAUCAAAGAGGAGGAGCAUGAUGCGGAGGAGGAGCACAACAAUAUUAAGACCGAGCUUGGGGCCCUGGUUGAGGAGCCAAAGAAGAAGGGCUCCAGGAGCAAGAAGGUGAAGAAAGAGCCAACCCCUGAGUCGGAGCCCGAAGCCGAGCAUGUCUCCAAGGAACAAGAGCCCGAGGAUACACCCAGCGAAGAGAAAGUAGAGGAACCAGCUCCGAAAGGCAAGAAGGCCCGCAAACCCAAGGUGCAGGCUAAUGAGAAGCCUGCAUCUGCCCCCAAGAAGGGUCGUGGCAAGAAGGCGUGA